AUGAACGGAACACAGCCAAAAUCAUCCAGCGCAGCCGCGAGCCUAGCGUCGUCUGCAAAAGACCUCAUUAGACGGCUAUCUUGCAUCAGCCAUGAAAAAUAUUCCUUCAGCACGGCCAGCUGUGAGCCUUAUAAUACGGCCUGGGUGGCCAUGGUCACAAAGGAGACCGACGGUCAGAAGAAGUGGCUAUUUCCGGAAUGCUUUUACAACCUGCUGAAAACGCAGGCCAAAGAUGGAAGUUGGGCUUACCACCCCAAAAGCAAAACGACGGGCGUGCUGGCAACGGCAGCAGCUUUGCUGGCUCUGUUAAAACAUCUUAAAGAGCCUCUUCAAGUCUAUGACGUGUCCUCCGAAGAGGUCCGCAAGCGUAUCGCUCUGGCAACCGAAUCCUUGAAAAUUCAGCUGCAAAAUUGGGACGACGCCCAAAGCACCAACCACAUUGGCGUCGAAAUUAUUACGCCGUCCCUGUUGGCCUAUUUGGAACAGGAAGAUGCGAAUAUGCGGUUCCAAUUUCCGGCCCAGGCCGGACUUCAAAAAAUGUACAGCGCCAAAAUGUCACUUUUUAAACCCGAAUGCCUGUACGAGCAAAAGGUGUCGACAGCCGCCCACUCGCUCGAGGCUUUCAUCGGCAGAAUCGAUUUCGACCGCGUUUCCGGCCAUCUCUGGAACGGGUCCAUGAUGGCUUCGCCGUCGUCCACGGCCGUGUACCUGAUGUACGCGUCAGUGUGGGAUAACGAGGCCGAGGGUUUUUUGCGGCAUGUUGUGGCGGCUGGUUCAGGCCGCGGCGAUGGAGGAGUGCCGGGGACUUUCCCGACGUCGUACUUUGAAUACAGCUGGUCAGUUGUGACCCUUCUGCAGAACGGGUUUUCUGUUCAAGAUUUAGGUUCCAAGGAAUUAGGCGUUAUAGCCGAUCAUCUCGAGGCUGGAUUUAAACAAGAAGGCGGAAUUAUCGGAUUUGCGCCGCGAGCCCCGGACGCAGAUGACACGGCCAAAGGUCUCAUGGCUUUGGACUUGAUGGGUCGUCAUAUUUCCCCCGACCAAAUGAUCAAAGUCUUCGAGGGCCGUAAUCACUUUACCACAUUCGGCUCCGAACGCGACCCCAGCCUGACAUCUAAUUGCCAUGUUCUUCUUGCCUUACUACGGCAGCCAAUCGUUUCUCAAUAUUACCCGCAAAUAACCAAAACGGCCAAUUUUAUUUGUGAGUAUUGGUGGAAGACCCAAGGCCAUAUUAGAGAUAAGUGGCAUCUGAGCCACAUGUACCCAACCAUGCUAAUGGUAGAGGCAUUUACCGAACUCCUCCACCAUUUGGAAAGAAGCAGCGCCUUGCUCGAAAACACUGGCCAAAAACUGCUUUGGCGCGCCCGCAUUUGUCUGUUUCAAGCUUGCAUUCGCACCCUGCUGGACCAGGACGAAGACGGCUCCUGGGAGGGUUUGCCCGAACAGACCUCGUACGCGAUCCUUGCGCUGGUCGAAGCACAAAAGUCCAACCUCUUCAACGACAUCAACGUCCAGCUUCAAACCGCCAUCAGCCGCGGGGCCCAGUCUCUCAAAACACGGAAGGUCGGCGCCGGAGAACAAGGCUGGACGUCCAAGGCGGCUUACCGCGUCGAGUUUGUUGCAGAGGCUUACGAGCUCGCGGCGCUAAAUUCGGCUGCCCUUGCUCUGGGGAACAAGGCCACAGACGCAGGGAGUGACGUAGCGAUGCCCUUGGCUGGUCCCAAAUUCGAGGCCUAUAUCGGAAUUCUCAAAGAAACGCACCCGUUCUCGGAAUUGCCCGCGUGGAAGCUUAGGGCGUCCUUGUUCGAAUCUAGUCUGUUUGUGCCGCUGCUCCAUGACCAAAAUGAGGAGUUCAAAACUUCCGACGACAAAUACCUCGACAUGAUCCCCUUCACCUGGGUUAUCUGUAACAACACGAGCCGCUUUUGCCUGUCGACCGCACGGCUGUACGACAUGAUGCUCGCCUCGUUGCAGAGCGCUCAGGCCGAGCAGAUCAGCCACGAUGGCGCCGCAACCGCCGCCCCCGACAUGUGUGAGCUGCGCCAGCUCAUGGACACCGUUUUCAAACAAACUCCACAGACGGAGAAGCCUCUCCCGGCAAACACCAAUGGCCACGCUGUAAACAAACCGGCUACCAAUGGCAGUGGCCUCUCGGAUACCCACGGGAAUUUCGAGGCUUCCAUAGGCCGUUUCGUGGCGCAUGUCCUCAACCUUGUGCCCUCGGUUGCCUAG